UUUCAUUAUUUUUAUCAAGACAAAAUACCUAGAUCUAUUUUGUCAUGAUUUUUAUAGUAGUUUUUCCUAAAAAAUCAAAUAUGUCAUCAAUCAUAAUAUGAAAUACAGAUUACUAAAUAGCUAAGCUGUAUCUAGUGACUGUUUAACACUAACUAAUAUAUAAUUUAGUAUCAAACUACUUACUUAAUUAAUGUACACUUAAAUGUAAAAUUUAUCACUUAUAGUGAUGUGCCUGGAACUUGAUGAUUGGAGUCUUCUGGAUCAAAGGAAACAAUACAAUGGACAAAAAUCAAGAUGAUAUUAAUACUAAUAAAUAUCUGGUUCACAAAGUCGAUAGUAAUAGUUCUAAAUCUGGAUUGGAUGAACCAGAUGAGCUCCCCAAAGAUUUGAGUAUUUCAUACUGGGAUUUAAUUGUGUUGGUCUUAGCUAUUGUUGGCCAUGUUAUUGAUGUUUGUAUUGAUUUCAAUGUCGCAUAUCAGUAUUACAUAUAUGAAAAAAUUACUUAUUUUGUAUUGACAAUUAUUUUUAUAGCAGUUCCUUCCAUAGUAAACACUUAUAUGAGUUUAAAAAUUUAUUCUAUUCAAGAAGAUAUGCAAAGAACUACCCAAAAAUUGCUUUCAAAUCGAUUAUUAUUACCAUUUCUUUUAAUACUACAAAUGGCUCCUGUUUUAAGGUAUUAUGAUGUAUUGAAGUAUGCGUUGAAGUCACGUAGAGCUGCUCGUAAAGGAAAUUACGAUGAUCAGAAGAACUACUAUGUUUUAAUGGCUAAAGAGGACUCCUAUGUUUCAUUGUUGCGAAUUUUUGAAUGUUUUUUAGAAGCUGUCCCUCAACAAAUAUUGCAAAUAUGUAUAGUUCUGGUCGAGAAAAAACAUGGCUCUACUCUUCAAAUUGUCCAUCAAUCUGCAGCUAUUGCAAGUUCAACCAUAGGUAUUGCUUGGGCUAUGGCUUCAUAUCACAAAAAUGUAAGAAUUGCUUUUGAAAACCGAAAAAACAUAGGCAAUACAGGAACAGUAUUACAGUUUUUAUGGCACAUAAUGAUUACAGUAUCAAGAAUUUUGUCUAUUAGUUUAGCCGCUAUAGUGUGGCCACAGUCAACUGGUAUUUUUUGUAUGGUCCAUUGGCUAUUAAUGACAUUUUGGAUUUUUAAAUAUCAAAAUGUAACAUUUUGUAUUCCAUCAAACCGAUUUGAAGAAAGUAGAAUCAUGAGAUUUUUUUUUUCAACAAUACUUGGUCUUGUGUACAUAUUUACUUAUUUAUCACCCAGUGAAGGACAGGGGAAUUCAAAAAACCGUUACUUAGGGUAUUACGGAGUAUUCCUAGUAGAAAAUAUAGUUGCAGUAGUUAUUUGGGCUAACACAGGUACUGAUCAAAACCAAUGGUACUACUAUCAUCUGAUGAUUGGAUCGAUAGCACCAUUUUUUAUUGGAAUAUUGUUUAUGGUAAUAUAUUACAAAUUUUUCCAUCCUCAUACUACUUAUAAAUAUAAUAAUGCUGAACCAUAUACAAAUACCAAUAAUGUGAAUACGUCUAUUUCAGACAUUCUGGGAUAAAAUCAUUAUUGAUACUAAAUUAUCUGAUAAUUAAUAAAUUAUGGUAUGAUAAUGUAAUGUGUUAUAUUAAAUUAUUGAAAACUAUUUUAAAUAUUUUUAAGUUAUUUAAUUAUAUACAUAUAUUAUAAUAAUUAAGAUAACAAAUUUUUAGCAAAUUUCACAUUGGUGAUCUAGAGCCAGUAGGUUUUUGAAUUACGAUCAUAAGAUAAUGUUUAUCUGUAAACAAAAAAUGGUUGUGUACAUAAUUAUUUUAUAUUAUUUGUAAUCUCAUGCUCAUGUAAUAUUUAAGAUAAUUAUGUAUUAUUUACUUAAACUAAAUUGAUAUAAAGACUAAACAUAUUUUUAUACAUGUUUUUUAUGACUAAACUAUUUUAAUAAAUUAAUUACAAUAUCUAAGAA